UAAACUGAAAAUGAAACCUUACCGCGAUAUCAGUUUUCAGUUUCAAAAUCAAAAUUGGGCAGAGACACUCGACUAUCCUUUUCAGCCGCCCCUACCCGUUCCUUUCUUCGAACUCUUUGGCAAAGAAUACUGGAAUGAGGGGCUGAUCACAUAAGUGGAUUUAACUGAUUCAAUUGAAAGGCGUUUAAGAAAAAAUAUGAUAUAUACUUUCUCUUUUUAAAGUUUGCCAUAGUCUCUCGCAUCUGCUUCAAAGAUGGAGUUGACUGGUGCAGUGGGGACAUGGCCAACCUUCCAGAGGAACACAAGAAUGACUCAAAUUGUCUUGACAGAGUUAUCAAAGUACAAGUACAAGAUGCAGAAAAGCCCAAAGAUUUCUACAUCAAUUACUUUGAUGCCCCAGGUAUCAGGACUGGAAAUUUUAAGGAAGACACAAUGCUUCUGGAUGGUCUUAAGAAAUAUGUGUACAUUGAGUUUGAAGAAAGCAAAGGUGCCCGUGACAUGUGCUUGAAAAAUCAUGAUGUCAAAGACAACAUUGUUUCUGUGUGCAUGGCAACUGGAAAAGAACAGGCAUUUUAUUACAAUGUGAUAUCAGUGCAUGGGCUGGAUUUUUCAGACAACGAAAAUUUGAGGCUCACCAAGGAUAUAUAAGAUUGGAGAGGCUGCAGAGUCUUCUGUCGGACAUAAUAUUCAGCAUGAAGAAGUACACUCCAUUAUUCUUUGUUUGAACGUGAAAGGCUUCACAGGUUUGAAAUAUUCUAAUAAAUUUGUUAGUGAUGCUGGAUUUCUUUUCAGAAAAUUCUUUUUAGAUUGAAUGUUGGUGUUCUAAUUAACAAAGCUUAAGAAAAAAAUAAAUUAGGUAAAGAAU